UUCAAUACAUGAAAUUAAGAGAUUCCAUGGCCUUUUCCAAUGCACUAUUUAUACAUCAAGUAAUAGAUCAUAUGAACCACCAUCAAAUCAUAAGCUCCCCUUUUUUAUUUCUCCUCUUUUCUCAACCAAUCAAUUACUGCCUAUAUUGCACAUUCCCAAAUUUAUAAUCCUUUUAUUUCAAUUUUAUCCUCUCUCAACCAUUCCUUAGUUCUGAACAAUAUGGUUGAUGCUCUUGUUUCCGUAGUAUUGGAGCAGUUGAGCUCAAUCCUUAUUCAGGAAGUGCAACGAGAAGUGAGGCUCGUCGUUGGUGUCAAGAACGAGAUUAAAAAGCUUACCAGCAAUUUCCAAGCCAUCCAAGCUGUGCUUGCCAAUGCAGAGGAAAGACAGUUGAAGGAUCAGUUGGUCAAACAUUGGUUAGAUCAGCUCAAAGACGUAUCUUACGACAUGGAUGAUGUUCUGGAUGAGUGGGGCACUGCAAUUGCAAAAUCGCAAAGCAAGGUAAAUGAGCAUCCCCGCAAGAAUACAAGGAAGGUAUGCUCUUUCAUGAUCUUCUCUUGCUUUCGUUUUAGAGAAGUUGGUUUGCGUUGUCGUGUUGCUUAUAAGAUAAAAGAACUGAAUGAAAGAAUAGAUGGCAUUGUGGUUGAGAAAAAUAAGUUCGACUUCAAGUCAUCUAAAGUGGAAAUUAAACAGCUUGAACAUCGAAAAACCACUUCUGUUAUAGAUGUAGAAGAAGUUAAAGGUAGAGAAAUGGAUAAAGUCAAGGUUAUGAAAAUGUUGUUGAGUGAGAGUAGUCAAGGACCAGCCCUCCGUAUAAUCUCUCUAGUAGGGAUGGGAGGGAUAGGAAAGACAACCCUUGCUCGACUAGUUUAUAAUGAUCAUGUGGUGGAGACCCAUUUUGAGAAGAGAAUAUGGGUUUGUGUAUCAGAUCCCUUUGAUGAGAUAACGAUUGCCAAGGCAAUCCUUGAAGCUCUUAUGGGGUUUGCCCAUAAUGUAAUCGAAUUGCAGACUUUACUAGAAAAAAUACAAUCAUUGAUUAGGGAAAAGAAAUUCUUGCUUGUCCUAGAUGAUGUGUGGAAUGAAGAUUCCACAAAGUGGGAGCAACUGAGAAACUCCCUCAAGUGUGGUUGUUUGCCUGGAAGUAGUAUUGUGGUGACCACACGUAAUAGGAAUGUUGCAAAUUGCAUGGGCUCCUCAUCCACUGACAUUUUAGAACUAAGACUUCUCUCUAUUGAUGAAUGCUGGUCACUGUUCAGUCAGCUUGCAUUUUUUGAUAAAAACAGUAGAGAAAGAGGAGAUUUAGAAGAUAUUGGUAGACGAAUUGCAGCAAAGUGUAAAGGCUUGCCUCUUGCUGCAAAGAGUCUAGGAAGUCUUUUGCGCUUUAAAAGUAGAAUAGAAGAGUGGGAAAGUGUCUUGAAUAGCCAAUUUUGGGAGAUUAAAGAAGCUGAAAGCAAAAUUUUGGCUCAUUUAUGGUUGAGCUACUAUGACCUGCCCUCUGAAAUGAGACAGUGUUUCUCAUAUUGUGCAGUCUUUCCAAAAGACUUCAGAUUUGGGAGGGAUGCUUUGAUCAAACUGUGGAUGGCACAAGGUUUCCUUCGGGAAACACGAAAUAAAGAGAUGGAAGUAAUUGGUCGUGAGUGCUUCGAAGCUUUAGCUGCUCGCUCUUUCUUUCAAGAUUUUGAGAAAGACGAGGGUGAUGGCAGCAUUUAUGCAUGUAAGAUGCAUGAUAUGGUGCAUGAUUUUGCACAAAGGUUGACAAAAAAUAAAUGUUUUAGUGUAGAUAUCGAAGGUGCGGCAGAGUCGAAGAUAGACUCUUUUUCUAGAGAUGCCCGACACUCCAUGGUAGUGUUUAGAAAUUAUAAAACCUUCUCAUUUCCUGCAACCAUCCAUAGUUUGAAAAAGCUUCGCAGCCUGAUUGUUGAUGGUCGUCCUUCAUCGAUGAAUGCAGCCUUACCUAACUUAAUCGCUAAUUUGAGUUGUCUAAGAACAUUGAAGUUGUCAGGAUGUGGAAUAGAAGAAGUCCCAUCCAACAUAGGAAAGUUGAUACACCUUAGGCAUGCUGACUUGUCUGGUAAUCUAAUCAGGGAGUUACCUGAAGAGAUGUGUGAAUUGUAUAAUAUGCUAACUUUAGAUGUCUCCUUCUGUGAGAAACUUGAAAGGCUGCCUGAUAACAUAGGAAGACUAGUCAAAUUAAGACAUCUCAGUUUUGGUAAUAUUUGGAAUAACUCAUUUUUUGUAAAGGUGAAAGGAGUUGAGGGGUUAAGUUCUCUUCGGAAAUUAGAUGAGUUCCAUGUGAGUGGUAGUGGUGAAGUGUCUAAUAUUGGGGAUUUGAGAAACUUGAACCACCUUCAAGGAUCUCUUAAGAUAAGAUGGUUGGGAGAUGUGAAAGAUCCAAAUGAGGUUAAGAAAGCAGAAAUGAAGAGCAAGAAACACCUCACUCGUUUAGAUUUAUUUUUUCAAUCGAGGACAGACAGGGAGAAAAUUAACGAUGAUGAAGUCCUUGAAGCCUUAGAACCACCUCCAAACAUUUAUUCAUUGGUAAUAGGUUAUUACCAAGGAGUCAUCCCAGUGUUUCCUAGUUGUUUUAAUAAACUAAGGGUUGUUGAACUCUUUAAGUGGGGGAAGAUUGGGAAUCUGCCUCCUUUGGGGAAGUUGCCAUCUCUUGAAGAAUUAAUCAUAAAUGGGAUGGAAUGUGUGGGAAAGGUGGGGCGUGGAUUCUUGGGAUUGGGAGUUGAUGGCGAGGAUGGUGAGGAUAGUGACAUUAGUAUUGGAGAAAUGACAUCAUCAUCAAAUACUAUUAUUACAUUCCCCAAGUUGAAAAGUCUUUCCUUUUAUCUUAUGGAAGAGUGGGAAGAGUGGGAAGGAGGAGAAGGAGGAAAUGAAGAUAAAACAAACAUCUCCAUUUCAACCAUAAUUAUGCCGUCUCUUCGUUCCUUGACAAUUUGGGGUUGUCCAAAACUGAAAGCACUUCCGGAUUACGUGCUCCAGUCAACAACUCUUGAGCAAUUGGAAAUCUAUGAAAGCCCAAUUCUAGAAGAGGAAUUCGAAGCAGGUGGAAAGGGUUGGCCCAACGCCUCUCAUACCCCAAACAUCACAAUUAAUUAA